GAAUGAACUAAAAGCUGUACGCUCACAUUUAUUGUACGUAACAUUUUUAUCUAGUCUCAUCUACACAACGUGAUCAACUCAUUCAUUUUUCUUUACGAUUUUUGAAUUUUGAUUUCUCGUGGAAAAAAAAAAUUGAUCAAUAAUAAUAUGGCGACGACGAACGGGAACGGAAAGGCGGCGGCGAACGGAGGAGAAGGACGGAACGGAUUGCCGAAGAUUCAUACGGAGAAAGGGAAUAACAGCGGCGGAAUAUGUCACGACGAUAGCGCGCCGACGGUGAAGGCUCAGACCAUAGAUGAGCUUCAUUCUCUGCAGAAGAAGAAAUCAGCUCCCACAACUCCCCUCGACGGCACUCUUGGUGCUUUUGCCGUUGUUUCCGACCAAGAGCGUCAUAAACAACAACUCCAGUCCAUCAGUGCGUCAUUAGCAUCGCUGACCAGAGAAACCGGACCAAAGGUGGUCAAAGGAGAUCCGGCCAAUAAGGCCGAAACUCCGAGGAUCACUUCCCAUGUAACCCAACAACACCACCACCACCCACAUGUUGCCCCCACGAUUAAUGUCAGCGACAGUGCUUUGAAAUUCACUCACGUCCUCUACAACCUCUCUCCAGCCGAGUUGUACGAGCAGGCCAUUAAGUACGAGAAAGGAUCAUUCAUAACGUCAACGGGUGCACUCGCUACGCUUUCUGGUGCCAAAACUGGACGUUCUCCAAAGGAUAAACGCGUUGUUAGAGAUGAAGCAACCGAGGAUGAGCUUUGGUGGGGAAAGGGAUCGCCAAACAUUGAGAUGGAUGAACAUACCUUCAUGGUUAACAGAGAAAGGGCUGUGGAUUACUUGAAUUCUUUGGAAAAGGUUUACGUCAACGAUCAGUUUCUGAACUGGGAUCCAGAGAAUCGUAUCAAAGUCCGCAUUGUAUCAGCAAGAGCUUACCAUUCCUUGUUUAUGCAUAACAUGUGUAUCCGCCCCACUUCUGAAGAGCUGGAGAACUUUGGUACUCCGGAUUUUACUAUAUACAAUGCUGGACAAUUCCCCUGUAACCGUUACACACACUAUAUGACAUCUUCUACUAGCAUUGACCUAAACCUUGCCCGAAGAGAAAUGGUCAUUCUCGGCACCCAGUAUGCCGGGGAAAUGAAGAAAGGCCUUUUCAGUGUUAUGCAUUAUCUCAUGCCUAAGCGUCAAAUCCUUUCGCUACAUUCUGGCUGCAACAUGGGCAAAAAUGGAGAUGUUGCCCUCUUCUUUGGCUUGUCAGGGACUGGGAAAACUACUCUUUCUACUGAUCAUAACCGCUACUUAAUUGGAGAUGACGAACAUUGCUGGAGUGACAAUGGAGUGUCCAACAUUGAAGGAGGUUGCUAUGCCAAAUGCAUCGAUCUCUCGAGGGAAAAGGAGCCAGAUAUCUUUAAUGCCAUCAAGUUUGGGACUGUUUUGGAGAACGUGGUUUUUGAUGAGCAUACAAGAGAAGUCGAUUAUUCAGACAAAUCUGUCACAGAGAACACAAGAGCUGCCUACCCAAUUGAAUUCAUCCCUAAUGCAAAACUUCCAUGCGUCGGCCCUCACCCGAAAAAUGUUAUACUCUUAGCUUGUGAUGCUUUUGGUGUUCUGCCACCAGUGAGCAAGCUUAACCUGGCACAGACCAUGUAUCAUUUCAUUAGUGGCUAUACUGCUCUGGUAGCAGGCACAGAGGAUGGCAUAAAGGAACCGCAAGCGACAUUCUCAGCGUGCUUUGGUGCUGCAUUCAUUAUGUUGCAUCCAACCAAGUACGCCGCCAUGCUUGCUACGAAGAUGCAACAGCAAGGUGCAACAGGAUGGCUUGUGAACACUGGCUGGUCAGGUGGAAGAUACGGCGUAGGGAGUCGAAUCAAGUUGGCUUAUACUCGGAAAAUUAUCGAUGCCAUACACUCUGGAAGCCUUCUGAAUGCAAACUACAAGAAAACUGAUGUGUUUGGGCUUGAAAUUCCAACCGAGGUUGAAGGAGUACCUUCAGAAAUCCUGGAUCCUGUGAACACUUGGUCGGAUAAGAAGGCUUAUGAUGACACACUGCUGAAGCUUGGUGGACUUUUCAAGAAAAAUUUUGAAGUGUUUUUGAACCAUAAGAUUGGGAAAGACAACAAGCUGACAGAAGAAAUUCUUGCAGCUGGCCCUAUAUUCUGAUCUCUACUAUUACUGGGGAAAGAUCAAUAAAAAGAGAACUACCUCUCCAAAAUUGAUGCAAAUAAUUGUACCCCACCUUGGUGGAACUGGCCCUCUUAUAAUUUUCUUCUACAUCAGUAGCACAUUAAACAUCAAUGUAUAAACCAGUUUCUGGUAUGAUCAGUUAUCGACUUUGUUGAUAAUCUCCUAAAGAAUGGAAGAUAUGAGGAUUAGUUUAUGCUAGUAACAAAAACAAAGUAGAGUACUGGUUCAUCAAGUACAAAGGAAAACCUUUCUCCGCAAAAAGGAAGAUCUUACAAGUCAAAGAUUAGUAUUUUUUCCCAUCGAACUAGUUGUGUAUAGUUUUGCUAAUACCAAAAUGAUACUAGCCAGUUUAAAAAACCCCUCAAUUACAGUGUAACUUUUGAAAAAAAAAUAUACUACUACAUUUUUUAUCCAU